UGAAGAAUGAGAUUGAUGGAAUGUGGUGUACAAUAUAAGCUACCGUGUAAACUACGGAGCGAAUGGGUUUUUUAAACUGUAGUAUUUUACUUCUGUACGACCAUAAUUUCCAUGUUCUUAACUUUUUAUAAUAUCAGUGAAUGGUUUACAUCGGCAUUUAAUGCCCACUCUGAAAAUCCAUUUGUUAGAAAUUAGACGGAUCUGCAAGAGUUCCUUCAGUUUGUAACCUUAGUUAAAAAAAUAAUUAUUUACGCUCUAUAUACUGUAUAAAAUUUUAUCCCAGUUAACAGUUAUCGUGAGAAGGAUUCUAACCGUGCCGUGCCCAAAUGUCAACUUCGGACGACUACUCGUAUGCUUUGAUGGCUGGCAUUGACUGCCAUUGCUCACGUCGAUGGUUUCGGCUAGGGAUGAUGGGGUUACGCGCGAGUUGUACGAAUGAGCAGAGCGACCACAGCCAGCGGUACGAGUUUUGUGGCCAUUUAGCAACCACCCCAACUGGCGGUUGCUCUCAGUCCGACCCUGGAUGGAGAUUUACUUUCCAGUUUUCACAUCAGAUUUCAGAAGCGAUGGAUUGGAUUUAUAAGUUUGCAGAUUUCAUUCACACCAUUUAACUUACAAGUUUGUUACUUUUAAAAUUUUAUAUUUCUAAGGUUUUGACUUUCAGGACUUUACGUACGAUCAAUUUUGGCUUUGAACAACGGAAUCCCGCUGACAUUAAUAUUGUGUGGAUCUAUUAUCUAUUAACCUUGUGAUAACCGUGUUUCCAUUCUUUGCGGUGUUGCGCUACAAUCUGCAGGACCAUGAAACGACAGCGAGCAAUCCCUUCGACGAUGCCCACGGGAAUCACUGUGACCAGCGCCCGCCCCGUUCUCCGCUCUUCCACCCGAUUCAACCGAGUCGUGCCAGCAGCCAUGUCCUACAAAGACCUGGUGAAAGUGGUCGGCGUGGAUCCGGAGUCGAAUCCUCUGUACUGGCGCAAAGCGAUCGACCACUCGGCGGAGACAGUGGUCUUCUUCCAGGUGGAUCUGCGCGGCACGCUGCCCCGCAUGUGCAAGAGCGUCCGCAUCAGUCAGGCGGAGGAGAACCAGCAGCUUCUUCUUGUCCCUUCACUGCCUUCAGUGUACAUCGGGGACACGCUGCUGAGCGGCAGUUACGUGAAAACCAUCAUCGGAAAACGAUUCUUGGCCGACGAGGACGAUCUCAUGAAACUGCUGGAGCACGCGGGCAUUCUGCAGGAAAACGAAGAAUUGGCGGAAGAGAAAGAGGAGGACAGGGGUAACGAGGAGGGUGGUGGAGAUGCGGCGGGGAACGGGUAUGCGGAACCAGCAGCAAAAAGGCAAAAACAGCAGGAUAAGCGCGAAAUACAUUUGACUUCCGCACCAGGAAAACGAACCACAAGAACAAGAUCAUCGUCAGCUGCGUUUGCGAACAAUGAUGCCGGCAGUGCGGCUGUUAAUGUUCGUCGACAACCGAUUGAUCUCAACGCCCUCUUCAUCCCGGAGGCGGUCGAGGCCGAAGCUUCCUUCAGAAACGACCAUGUGUCGCUACCGCAAGAGGACAAUCUGAUGGCCGGUGAUUAUGAAACAGGCGGCCUCCCCGUUGCUGAUGACAACGAGUAUCUCUCCCUGGGCUUCGAGUCUCUUUCUCCAGGCCCCUCGAAAAUAGACGACCCUAACGAUCACGCUGUGGACAGUCCAGAAAUAGGCGAACCAUGGAUAGCGGUCAGAACGGUGGGAAUGGCUCGACUUCCGGAUACAAGUUCCCGUUUCAGUGCCGCGGAGCCAAAAAAGAGCUUCUAAUCGACGCAUUCGAUAAUGUCUACAUCGAAUCCGCCAAGACGCGGUAUUUGGAGUCGCAAAUUAGGAGAAAACUUGGAACACUAAAUACGUAUAUGGCCUAUCUGUGUGAUUGCCUCUUCCUGGGUCCCAAUUUGGAAGGAUUGGAGCAACUUGACAAGCUGGCAAAGAGUUGCAAAGACGAAGGAUCUGCUGACACCGGGAUGAAGCGUAUGUUUGGCAGAGAAGUCCUUGCCUCGAUAAGAGCUUAUGUCGACAGCGUUGGUCUGACAACCAAAGGUGAUGCGUUCUCCAGAGCAAUGAACGCGUGGAAGACUAUCCAGAUCGCACGCUAUAACAAACAAUCGACCACCGGAAAGAGCCGCACUACGAAGCCCGAGUAGCAGGUGUCUUGGAUGGUCACAAGCAGAAUGGUCACCUUUGUGUAGUUUUUGGUGUUCAGUAAAUAAAUGCUACCGUAUUUGUCCAAAGCAACUCGAUGGUUGAUAAGGGCCAAUGAUAAAAUGUUAUAUGCUCUGCUGUGCAGGGCGGCGUUGGAAAUUCUUUUACUGCAGUAUUUCAUUGCAGUUGUUCGCAACCUGUGCAAAUAAGUCACCAUGUUCUCCAA